AUCUGUGUUUUGGACACUUCCUCAUAAUGGAGUUCCCUGAUUUGGGGAAGCAUUGUUCAGAAAAAACUUGCAAACAGCUAGAUUUUCUUCCUUUAAAAUGUGAUGCAUGUAAACAAGAUUUCUGUAAAGACCAUUUUACUUGUGCUGCACAUAAAUGUCCCUUUGCAUUCAAGAAGGAUGUUCAGGUCCCAGUGUGCCCACUUUGUAACAACCCUGUCCCAGUAAAAAAGGGAGAGAUACCAGAUGUGGUGGUUGGUGAGCACAUUGAUCGAGACUGUAACUACCAUCCUUGGAAGAAAGAGAAGAUUUUUAUGUACCGGUGCUCAAAAGAGGGGUGCAAGAAGAAAGAGAUGCUGCAGGUGGCUUGUGACCAGUGCCAUGGCAGUUUCUGCAUUCAGCAUAGACACCCUCUGGAUCACAGCUGCAAGCACGGGGGCCGCCCCAUCGGCACAGCCAGGUGUGCAGCUGCCAGAGCCUCUGAACACAAGCCGUCGGGAGCCUUAAACACACUCUCCGCCAGUUGGCUGGCUCAGCGACUCAGGGGGAAAGUAAAGAGAUGAUGUGGCUGUAUCUGCCCAUACUGGCACACAUUAGCUUGUUUUGUGUAUCAUUUUAGCUUGGUAGGCAGCACUUGUGCUCUGUUGCCUUUGUACUUCUCAUGGCAAACAGUCUGAAAUGCCAAUAAAACUUUUCCAGUAAAAUGUACAAAUUUUGGCAAAAUAAACAGAGGGAUAUUGAUACUCUAAGUUAGGCUAAGCUACUCCAUCAACCUCUGCUUCCUCCCUCCUGCCCCCCAAAUAAAGUGACGUGAAGAUUGAUCUGGCACACUCAGAUCCUUCAGAGGGCAGCUCUGCCCUGGCCUGAGUCCGUCAAGAACCCAGGGUUCUGGAAGCCUCGGUCACUUACACAAGCACACAGCUGAUUGCACUCGGUCUUCAUCUUGUGGCUUCUGACAGGCACCUG